CCACCCUGCACAAUGCCCAGGAGCUUGCUUUGCCCAGCUUGGGGGCCAUGCUGACAUCGCCCCCUGAGGACCUGGCUGCAACCCCAGAGCCCCCAGGGCCCCCAGGAGCCCUGGGCCGUGUCGGAGGCUGGACGGAGCUCCCUGGCUGAGGUAGGGCCCCACCUGGCUGCCAUCAACCCCAUCGUCCUCCCGCCAGUCUUCCCAAGGCUUGAUGAAUCAAACCCUUUGUCUGGGUGGGAGCUCCUCCAGCCAGCUGGGCAGAGAGAGGGCUUCCCCUGCCGGAGCAGCUAAACAACAUCAGCAGCGGGCCCAGGCUGAGAGGCCCAGGUGGGUGGCAGAGCAAAGGAGGAAUGGACUGUGGGCCACCUGCCACCCUCCAGUCCCACCUAACUGGGCCACGUGGCACUGCCCACCACCCAGUAGCUGUUUGCCAGCAGGAAAGUCUGUCCUUUGUGGAGUUGCCUACACUGCAGCCCCCAAGCUCUGUGUGUCUGGAUCUCUUCCCUGUUGCCCCAGAGGAGCUGCAGGCUCCAGGCAGCCGCUGGUCCCUGGGGACCCCUGCUCCUCUCCAAAGGCUGCUAUGGCCACCGUCCCCCGGAGUCCCAGACACCAAGAUCACCAGUGGGGGGAUGCGGCCCAGCAGGGCUGGCAGCUGGCCACACUGUCCUAGUGCCCAGCCCCCAGCUCUGGAGGGACCCUGGAGUCCCCAGUACCCACAGCCACAGCGCCGGGCCAGCCAAGGCUCAGAGAAGAAGUCAGCCUGGCGCAAGAUGCGGGUGUACCAGCGUGAAGAGGCCCCUGGUAGCCGGGAGGCCCAUGCUGUCUUCCUGGAGCCUGGCCAGGCAGCAGGGCAGGCCCUGAACACCGAGGAGCCUGGGCCAUUGGAGCCGGCUGGGCCCACACGAGCGGGUCUCGAAGGGCCAGAGCGGAGGCGCUUCUCAGCCUCUGAGCUGAUGACCCGGCUGCACUCUUCCCUGCGCCUGGCGCGGAAUUCAGCAGCCAGGGCCCUGACCCCAGGGUCGGGCACUGGAGCAGCUCAGGAAGGCAAAGUAUCCAUAAGGGAGUCGCGCAGUGUUGAGAUGAGGGUGGACUGUAUGGCGCUGCCAGACUCUGUUGAGCCGAGCGGGAGCCACGGCGGCUGGCCCGAGCCCAGGCCGGAUACGCGGGAAGAGCCGGCGCUGGGUUCCAGGAGCGCCAGUGAGCGGCGCCAGUCCCGGUUCCUCCUUAACUCCGUCCUCUACCAGGAAUACAGCGACGUGGCCAGCGCCCGCGAGCUGCGGCGGCAGCAGCGCGAGGAGGAGGGCCCGGGGGACGAGGUGGAAGGCGCGGAGGAGGGGCCCGGGCCGCCGCGCGCCAACCUCUCCCCGAGCAGCUCCUUCCGGGCGCAGCGCUCGGCGCGAGGCUCCACCUUCUCGCUGUGGCAGGAUAUCCCCGACGUGCGCGGCAGCGGCGUCCUGGCCACGCUAAGUCUGCGCGACUGCAAACUGCAGGAGGCCAAGUUUGAGCUGAUCACGUCUGAAGCCUCAUACAUCCACAGCCUGUCGGUGGCCGUGGGCCACUUUUUAGGAUCGGCUGAGCUGAACGAGUGUUUGGGAGUGCAGGACAAGCAGUGGCUGUUCUCCAAACUGCCCGAGGUCAAGAGCACUAGCGAGAGGUUCCUGCAGGACCUGGAGCAGCGGCUAGAGGCAGAUGUUCUGCGCUUCAGCGUGUGCGACGUUGUGUUGCACCACUGCCCGGCCUUCCGCCGAGUCUACCUGCCCUACGUCACCAACCAGGCCUACCAGGAGCGCACCUACCAGCGCCUGCUCCUGCAGAACCCCAAAUUCCCCGGCGUUCUGGCUCGCCUGGAGGAGUCUCCUGUGUGCCAGCGUCUGCCCCUCACCUCCUUCCUCAUCCUGCCGUUUCAGCGGAUCACCCGCCUCAAGAUGCUGGUGGAGAACAUCCUGAAGCGGACAGCACAGGGCUCUGAACAUGAGGACAUGGCCACCAAGGCCUUCAACGCCCUUAAGGAGCUGGUGCAGGAGUGCAAUUCCAGUGUGCAGACCAUGAAGAGGACAGAGGAGCUCAUCCAUCUGAGCAAGAAGAUCCACUUUGAGGGCAAGAUCUUCCCGCUGAUCUCUCAGGCCCGCUGGCUGGUUCGGCAUGGGGAGCUGGUGGAACUGGCACCCCUGCCCGCAGCGCCCCCGGCCAAGCUGAAGCUGUCCAGCAAAGUGGUCUACCUGCACCUCUUCAAUGACUGCUUGCUGCUCUCCCGGCGGAAGGAGCUGGGGAAGUUUGCUGUUUUUGUCCAUGCCACGAUGGCCGAGCUGCAGGUGAAGGACCUCAGCCUCAAGCUCCAGGGCAUCCCUGGCCACGUGUUCCUCCUUCAACUCCUCCCCGGGCAACAUGCAAAGCACCAGUUCCUGUUAAGGGCCCGGACCGAAAGUGAGAAGCGGCGAUGGAUCUCAGCCAUGUGCCCCUCCAGCCCGCAGGAGGACAAGGAGGUCAUCAGUGAGGGCGAAGACCGCCCCCAGGUUCAGUGUGUCAGGACAUACAAGGCACUGCAGCCAGAUGAGCUGACCUUGGAGAAGACAGACAUCCUGGCGGUGAGGACCUGGACCAGUGACGGCUGGCUGGAAGGGGUCCGCCUGGCAGAUGGUGAGAAAGGGUGGGUGCCCCAGGCCUAUGUGGAAGAGAUCAGCAGCCUCAGUGCCCGCCUCCGAAACCUCCGGGAGAAUAAACGGGUCACAAGUGCUACCAAAAAACUGGGGGAGCCCCCUGUGUGAUGGGCAGCCACGGCCUGGGACACCAGCUCCAUGCCCAGACUCCGGACAGGUCUGCGGUGACUCCAUGCCCCAAGCCGCUGCUGGGACUUCUGUUUUGUGGCCUGCCAUCGAGAAUAAGCCUUUCCUCAUGCUUCCCAAUGUCCACAUUCCAGGAUGGAGGCCAGUUUCUUCCUCUGGCAUGGGGGCCACAACAGGUGACCUCUGAUACCUGGAAAGGACUGGGGCCCACUCCCUCCAUGCUGCCUGAGUCUUGGUCCCUCUGGCAGGGGCCUGGCUGGGAACAGCCCUGGUGCUGAUGGGGGCUGGGACCUAUAGGUAUUUGUCUGGGUUCUUCUGGCCAGAGCCUGCCUGGACCCUGGUUGCUGUGACUUGUCUGUAAAUAAACUCCCGUAACGCCUUU